AAGAGGACAAUGAUAGUAAGUAAUUCGUUCCUUUAGUUUUUUAAGUUAAAAGACGGGGAGCAUUUGUUUUCUAUCGAGAUCGAGUAAAUAUAAUGUCAUUUGUUAGUACUGCUAACUCCGAGAAAAUGCUCAAUGGUAUUGACAGGGUGGAGCAGUGAGGAGAACUAAUUUGGCGAUAGAGCGGCAUGCAAGUAGGAUAUACACAAGAGCGAUGUACGAAGAGUUUAGGCGCCUAGUAACCGAAGCUACUGCCUAUAAUGUCACAGAAAAUAGAGAAGAUGAGGAAAUAUCUUGCAGUCCACAACAAUGCAGCCAAGAGAGAAAAAUGGAGCAGAUUGAGUAUGAAGUGAACAUAAAUGAUGACCAAUGACAGUUUACAUGUGAAUGUGGUCAGUUCGAGCACACUGGGAUGUUGUGCAGCCAUGUUCCGAGGGUGAUGGAAAUACUUCAUCUCGAAGAGAUCCCCGCUAAGCAUAUAGUGAAGCGGUGCACAAAGGACGCGAGGGACAUACUGUCGCAACACCGGGCUCAGUAUCAGAGAGACAACUCAGCUAACAUGUCCUUUACCUGUAGACACUCGAAGCUGUACCUGAAAGCCAUGGAGGUGGUGAGGAUGGAUGAUGCGAGUACGACAGCGUACGAUCACCUAUAUGAAGGUUUGGACGCCCUGCUGGUGAGUGGUGCACCUUUGGCCGAGAAGAGGGUCGGCUUGGGUCUCCACGACCGAAUGGCCGGCUUAACUCCUGGUACAUUGCUUGGCAAUGAUGAGAUAGCAUACCUGGGUGGCGACGGUGCUGAAAAAUGCAUCAGUACUGGAAACUCUGUUAAUGUGAAUGGUCUGCACGGUCUAAAAGCACCGGAUAAGCAGAGGGGAGUUGGAAGAUCAACAAAUAGUAGAGAAAAGGCAUCGUACGAGGGACUCAGUAGGCGAAACAGAUUCUGCAGUAUAUGCAGAUGCGAAGGGCACAAACAAACUACAUGCCCUGAGAGACGGGAUGCCCUGAAGAAACCACGAAAGCCCGGUAGAUGCAAGAAUUGUGGUAUGGAAGGGCACCGGCGGACCACAUGCACAAGGCCUUUGGAUGUUACUGAGAAAUGAGGACUGAAUUUCGAGAGGAGCGAUGAUGACUUUGCUGAUGAAAAAAAAACUUCUGCUUGUGUAAUAUGAAGUUUCCUUAAUUUAUGAAAUGG